AUGUAUAAAAAUCCCAACGAUGGAAAUAAUGUUGAUUUAUUAUCAAUAACUGGUGUUAAACAAAAGAUGAAUUUAUAUGUAACAUCAUUAAUUUAUAUUGUUUUUACACGUGAAGAAUUAUUUCAAAUUGAUGCAACAAAAAUUAAAUUUAAUGAUGAAGCUGUACGAAAUAAAUUUCGAUUAUCAGGUGAUAUUUUUAAAAUUGAAUGGUGCAAUUUAAAUGAAACAUUUUUAAACAAACGUCGGGAUAUUAAAAAGGGUUUAAAAAAACAACGAACUACAGUUCAAACAAAUUCAUCAACACAAACCUAA